AUGAGUUUUCCUGAUCCUGAGCUCAUGAGCUAUGUUUUCAAAACUGCUCCCCCCUUAGAACCCGCUUGGUUAGAACAUGAGGAUGAAGUCAAGAAGAAGGGCCCUCCUCAGACAUUCAAUACCACCCAAGAGAGACAGCCAGUCUAUGCCCGAGAGUGUCGUGUUCUUUACGAGCAGAUGACUGCGCCAGGUGCUCGAGACUAUGAUUUAUCUCAGGGUUUCGUCAGGAAUGAGCUUACGGUGCCCUCAUCCAUGGAUGACCAUCCAAUCCCUAUUCUUCAACUAGAGCUUGAGAGUCACGAACCAGAGGUUAUAGUUAUCUUCUUCCAUGGAGGAGGCCUAAAGGUUGGCGAGGCAGAUAGUGAAGAGCUUUCGUGUCGGCAUAUCGUCAAAUCAGCGGCAGCCAAGGUCCGUCUAUACUCAGUAGGCUAUCGUUUGCUGCCCCAGAACCCAGCCAAAACAUGCCUUUCGGAUUGCCUAGAUGCUUUCAGGGCACUGCAAGAACCGUCUGCGAGGAUAAUUGUCGCCGGGAGCUCAAGUGGUGGGCAGAUGGCAUCUGCGGUAGCUCAAACGGUUCCUCAAGGAUCGAUACAUGGUCUGCUACUAAGGUGUCCUGUUACAGCCGAUAGGGCCAGUGGCGAAGAGUUUGUGCCUGAGAGACUGCGCCCAUACCACAAAAGUGUAUCCCCUACUUUCAUCUCCUCUCUGAAUAGAUACCUGAAUCGGGAUAUCCCAAGAGAUGGCUUUGAGAAACUCCCUCUGGAGGUUCCCGUAGCGGAGUUGAAGGGACACCCUCGGACAUGGAUUCAACUCACCUCCAAUGACACUCUUUACUCGGAUGGUCUGUGCUAUGGGAUGCUCCUCAGAGACGCAGGAAUCGAAGUCAAAUUGCAGGUUGAGGUUGGGUGGCCACAUACUUUCUGGCUCAAAGCUCCUCACUUGGACUUUGCAUUGACGUGUGAAAAGCAUAUGACAGAAGGCUUGAAUUGGCUUAUCAAGACGAUAUAA